CAGAUAGGGGAGAAAAAAUACAAAAAUGAAGAGAGAGAAGCUCUGCCAUCUCUCUAAAAAUCAGGCCACCUCUUGACUACCGAAAAUGGACCUCCGGCAGCCUCGCCGGAAUCCUCACCACCCGUUCAUUAACAUUGGGAACUACAAUUCUUGGGAUUAUCCUCACAACAUAGAUGGGUACGGCUUCAGGGAACCCAGAAAGGCCAAAUUCACAUGGCGAAACUCCAAUUCAUGCACCCACCGGAAUGGAGAAUACUUCACCACUAGAAAUCAACAACAUCAUUUCUAGAAUCCCUUCACCUGCUAUUCGAAUUGCAAUUCCACAAAACACAGAGAUGACGGACCAGGUAACUUUUUAUACAACUACUCUGAGCUUAGUAAACUGAACAGCACCAGAGGUCUUCCACUAGGUAGGACAUGGAGACCUGCGCACCUCUCCUACUACUGGAGCUCCCCGGCCAGAUUCCCAGCUGCUCCUUUACAUAAAAGGAAAUCCAACACCUAUUCAAAACCAUUUUCCGGACACCCACUCAAAACCGGAACUCGUCGUACCGGAAAUCACAUUUGGGACCGAUAUUAUGCUAAAAAACGUCAUCUGGACUGGACACCAGUGGCCAUGAAUCAGGAAGAAGAAGGAUGGCGUAUGGUCUCACACAGGGCACGACGAUACCCCAAAUACCCAGGUCAGACAUUCCGACCAAAUUCAGAGAACGAAUUUAGUAAAGGCAAUGCCAAUCGUCAUAAUAGCUUCGGAUUCGACAGUGAACUCCCUUCCUCAGUCCAAAUCUUGAAUUCUGCAAUCGAAAAUGAUUACUUGCUCAAUAUCAAUGAUAGCGACAGAAUAAGAAGGAACAACAACAGGGUCGAAGGGCGUCGAUUUGCGAACUACCAACAAUUCAGGCGGGAGAAGAUGUUAACGAUACCUCCUGAAAUCAGCCGAAAGUCGGCAUCUUCACCGAUGACCGGCAACCUACCGAAAAUGGUUACUCCGACUCAAAGAAUGGUGGUAAGCUCAUUGAAGAAGGUCGCAUCACCAGCCGACAGCAGGUACAGCGCAUCCCUGUGCAGUAGAUGCCCACCAUCCUCAGGUACAGGUCCCUGUGAUACAGGUCCCACGGCUGGCAAAGCAACCUCAGACAGCCAGAGUAGCUUGGGCACACUACGAUAGGCCCUCCUCCCAGCCAUCACAUGGGCGGACCUCUUACGGUCUGAUACGGCCAAAAAAAUCGACAAGCUCCUUGACCCCCUCUCAAUAAUAACGCCAAACAAUUUAACUCUAAGAGAAAUGCCAUAUUCUCCCAGGGAAUCAUCACCCACUGGCCAGGCCGAAAUAAUCACGGUUACAAAUGAUGGCUUAUUCGAGGUAGAAAAAUUCCAAUUCUUUGGUGAAGAAGGAUUUGAUUCUAUUAAAUUGGAAUCUAAACUCUUUAAGUUCGGAAUAAAAAAUGAGGAAAUCACAGUUUUUGAGAUCAAGAUAUCUCAACUUCACAAGAUUAGUUUUAAUCUUGAACUGGCUCCUCAAAUCAUCCUUUAUAUUUAUCAGCUCACAACAGAAGAUUUUUUCUGUCGGCAACUGAGGCGAUUUGGACCUAUCUCGGUCUCAUCAAAUUUUAACAAGGCUGGUGGCUUCAUAACAAUGGCCAAAGAUAAUGGAUAUUUCAUUGCGAUCCCAGUGGGUCCACAAAAUUCAGGGCUACUCGAUUUUCUAGCGAUAUUUUCAAACUUUGUGGGGAUUUCUAAUUUAGAGCUGGAGGAACCAAUGCACCGCUCUCAAGAAACCUCGUUAAUUACAGAGGAACCCACAUCAAUAUCCAAGCUCAUUUUUUAUUUUCAAAUUCAGGGAGCCUAUCUAGAGAAACAUUGGUCUCCACCUCCCGAGAAACAGAACAGGCUAAUUCAGGCAUUUUCAGAUGCUUCAGACUGCUUUUACCACUGAGAUGGCUCUUUUUACAUGGACGACUUUCUAGGACAUGCUACUGAAAGUGAGCGUCGUCCACCUAUCUCAACUACAGCAGAAAUUAAGAAAUCAAAAUUCAACAGGGCAAUUUGCAGGAAAUCCAAGUUUGUUACCGCAGAAAACUGUCUGCCGACAGAAAAUUUGAACACACAACUCAAGAUAUACAGGAAAUCACAAAAAAAUAAAAAGCGCCACAGUAUGAAGACUAUGUCUCAGUCUAGAGGAUUCCUUUGGAUUUAGUUUUGAGGCUUUUCCUUCCCUGCACUUUUAUUGUUUUUAUUUUCUUUCCUUAGUUUAUUUUUCGCAUUGUACUAAUUUUACUCUAUCAAUAAAAAUUUCCUUUUUCCAAAAAAAAAUGUUGACUUGCAAGCUUAG